AUGAUCGGUGCCAAACUUCCCCGUGGUCAACGCUCAUCUUUACUGCGAAUUGGAUCCGCAAUUAUUACUUCGCGACUUUUGUACGGUAUAGGAAUCGUUAGUAGGGGUGGAGAUGCUGUCAUCAAAACCCUGGCACCCGUAUACAACAAGAUGAUCAGAUAUGCAUCUGGAGCAUACGUCACCAGUCCGAUCAUAGCCAUUAUGGCUGAAGCAGGUACUCUACCGUUAGAUCUUCUCAUUCUCCAAACUGUAGCCCAAUUAGCCAUCAGAAUGUUGGGAAACAGCAGGGAGAAUGCUGACCUUCCCCUGGUUUGCCGAGCUUCCGAAUGUUUGACAGAAAUAGUCGGAACUGCUCUCCCAAACAUCUACACCCGAACGCGACUAUCUGAUCGAAAGUGGUACGACCGCACACCCCAGAUCCUUUGGGAAAUCAAGAAGCGCGUAAAAGCUGGAGAACCCUCGGGUAUUGUUCGUCCAGUUGUUCAAGAGCUCCUGACAAAUCAUCUCAGCCGUUCAACAAUCGUCUACACAGAUGGCUCGAAAGACGAUACCGCAGUAGGCGCCGGAGUUUUUGGAGAACACUUCCAACAGUCACUUGGUCUUCCACAGCAAUGCAGUGUCUUCUCGGCAGAGGCAUUCGCAAUAAAAACAGCGCUAACAACAUUCAACACGGUCAGCGACUUAGUAAUAAUGUCCGAUUCGGCCAGCUGUUUAUCGGCAAUCGAAGCCGGCACAUCCCAGCACCCGUGGAUCCAGGAAAUUGAAAACCUGCUACGAAAUCGUUCAAUCAAGCUUUGCUGGAUUCCAGGUCACGCUGGCAUCCGUGGCAACGAGGAGGCAGACAGACUCGCUGGAGAAGCGAGGAACAUUGCUCCGUUAGCUAUAUCUGUUCCGGGGGCAGACGCCGUCAAGCAUAUAAAAACAGCUAUCCGAAACCAAUGGUACCGUCGGUGGUCAGCGUCCACUGAAAAAACUUCACCACCAGUGUGCGACUGCUGUGGGAUCGUUGUAGAUGUCCGCCAUGUGAUCCUCCACUGCAGAAAGUACGACGACGUUAGAAGGAAGCACGACAUCGAGUCGACUAGUCUGCGAGCGGCUCUGCGCAACGACAGGAAAUAG